AUGGAACAACCACCCAGUGACUACAGAACAAAACUUUUCCCAAACCAGUUAUGGGUUCGAGGAAUGAUUAGAAUGCAGAAUACACACCAUACAGCAGUCCAAAUGGUUUUGCAUGGUCCGACUGAUAUUGCUAAUUAUGGUAUAGAUGAAGAUGGGCCAGUUCCUUUUCCUGAUGCAGAAGAGUAUAUGAUAGCCGUACCUCUAUCUCCUGUGCAUCUAAAUGCUGAUCAAUUGCACAUUGUGUUAAGUACCAUAGAUACUUUGAGGAAUUUAGAUGACAAUGGAAUUGAAGCAUUUGUAGCUGCAAAAAGUAUUGUUUCAGGCUUCUUGCAACCUAGAUCUAACACAGUAUGA